AACACAUUGCAGGGACGGACAAUUGUACAGCGGACUCCCUCAGCCGCCAAACUAUCGACCAAUCGGAAUGGUCCUUGUCCCCAGCGAAUUUCCAAGAGCUGUGUUCCCGCUUCGGACUCCCUCAGGUGGACUUAUUCGCCUCCGAGACCAACAAUCAAGUGCCUCGGUUUUUUUCGAGGUUUCCCUCUCGGGGAGCGGAAUCAGUGGAUGCUCUGCGCAGCAGAUGGCCUCAGGGCCUUCUCUAUGCCUUUCCACCUAUCCCACUGAUUCCCAGAGUAGUUCGCAAGCUUAUCUUGGAAAAAUCAGAACUGAUUCUGGUCGCCCCAUUCUGGCCCAGGAGACCCUGGUUUGCAGACCUUUUGACCCUGUCAGUUCGGGAACCGUGGAGGAUCCCGGACAGCCAGGUGUCUCUUCUUCAGGGACCAGUUCGACACCCCGAGCCGCAAUGGCUACGCCUAGCCGUGUGGAGAUUGAGCGGAGCGUCUUGAUUAGGGCUAAGGUUCCAGGUCAAGUCAUCCCCACUAUGCUAGCUUCCCGCAGAGACUCUACCAAACGGAUUUACGAGGCCACGUGGCGCGCAUUCGAAAGGUGGUGCGCACCUCAAGGUAUAGUGACUUCCUCAGCUUCUGUCUUAGACAUUUUGGCUUUUCUGCAGCGAGGUCUAGAUUCGGGAUUGGCGACCAAUACGCUCAAGAGACAAGUAGCGGCGAUUUCGACAGUCUUGAGAUGCGGUUCGCUCGUAUCCCUUUCCAAGGAACCGCUCAUUCAACAGUUUUUCAGGGGGGCUAACAACGUCAACCCGCCUGUGGUUCACCGAUUUCCAUCCUGGCGCUUAAAUGCUGUACUCAAUGCUCUCACUAAGGCACCGUUCGAACCUCUUAGAGACUCAUCUCUACGUAUUCUGUCACUGAAGGUGGCUUUUCUGAUAGCCAUCACCUCAGCCCGCAGAAUUUCGGAAUUAUCGGCUUUAUCAAUUAGGCAGGAUCUUUGCACCUUCCUCAACGACAGAGUGGUGCUACGUCUAGACCCGACCUUCCUUCCGAAGGUUAACAGCCAAUUCCAUAGGUCGCAGGAGGUCGUUCUGCCUAAUUUCUGUCCAUCUCCCAGACAUAACUUAGAGAGACUAUGGCAUACUCUGGACGUGAGAAGAGCACUGAAGAUAUACAUUGAGCGGACAUCAUCCUUCCGUAAAACGGAGGCCCUUUUCGUGUCGUUUCAACCACUGUCGCUGGGUCAGAAGGUGACCAAGUCGGUGCUGGCCAGAUGGAUUAGGGCCGCAAUUGCCACAGCAUAUGAGAGUCAAUCGCUACCGAUCCCGAGAAGGAUUACAGCGCACUCUACCAGAAGUGCAGCCUCUUCUGCCGCUUGGGGAGCCCAGGCCUCUAUCGAAGAGAUCUGCAGAGCGGCGACGUGGUCCAACCCUUCUUCGUUCAUUCGACACUAUCGGGUGGACUCCUAUGCCUCGGCUGACGCGGCGUUUGGCAGACGGGUCCUGCAAACGGUUCUUUCUCAACAAUGACUAGCCGCCUUCGACCCUCCCGCAAGACUUGCCGGCCUACAGUUGAAUCCUCGCCGAAAAAGCUGGAGGGAAAUAGGAGGAGGCGGGGACCACAAACUACAAUUUAAAAGACUCGGUCCAAUCAGCAACGAGGAGAAAUUACCCAGUCCUGACGGCCGUUUUCCCCUCUCCAAGAAGGGAC